AUGCGGCAGCUCCUGCCUGCGGCCGGUUUCUGCCGAGUGAAGUCCCACCCGGUCCCGGAGUCCUCGGCCUUCCCUUUCCCCAGGGCUCGCCUGGAGCUCUGUGGCUGGCACCAGGUCCCCUCCCGCUCGCCGCGCCUGCCCGGACCUGCCCCAGCCCGGCAGCGCCUUAGUCAUUCGGUUCUCGCCCCUCCGGGGCGCGGGGGCGCGCUGCUGGCUUUCGCGGCAUUUGUCUUGGUACGACCCGGCCCCUGCGCCCUGAACCCCUGCCACAACAAUGCCGAAUGCCAGGUGCUAGAAAACCGAGGGGACGUCUUCGCCCAGUACAUCUGCAAGUGCCCUCGUGGCUACACGGGCGCCCACUGUGAGACCAUCUGCGCCAUGCCGCUGGGCAUGGAGUCGGGCGCCAUCAGCGACGCGCAGAUCUCUGCCUCGUCCAUGCACCUGGGCUUCAUGGGCCUGCAGCGCUGGGCCCCGGAGCUGGCCCGCCUGCACCGCACGGGCAUCGUCAACGCCUGGACGUCCAGCAACUACGACAGGAACCCCUGGAUCCAGGUCAACCUGUUGCGGAAGUUCCGGGUGACUGGCGUGGUGACGCAGGGCGCCAGUCGCGCGGGCAGCGCCGAGUACCUCAAGUCCUUCAAGGUGGCCUACAGCGUCAGUGGCCACAAGUUCCAGUUCAUCAAGACCGGAGAGGGGCUGACAGACAAGGUGAACGUGGGGCCCAAGAAGGGCGGGGCCGGCAUCCCCUGGCUCCGGUGCCAGGCCCCGGGGGGCUGCGCCGAGCCCCUGGGCAUGCGGGACAACGUCAUCCCCGACAAGCGGAUCACGGCCUCCAGCACCUACAAGACGUGGGGCCUGAGCGCCUUCAGCUGGCACCCGUUCUACGCGCGGCUGGACAGGCAGGGCAAGUUCAACGCCUGGACCGCCCAGAGCAACUCCGCGUCCGAGUGGCUGCAGAUCCUGCCGUCCCCUCAGUACAGGCCACCGUCCGGGGGCCACCCACUGGCCCGCAAGGCCGCUGCUGGCAAUGACCGCGCUGUCAGCACCCUCCUGGCCGGCCCGUCCCCCAGCCCUGGCCGCUGGCCCUCAGGGAGGGGCCGGGUUCAGCGCCCACCGGGGCACCAUCUGCCCAAGCCGGCUGAGAGGCGCCUGCAGGGCCGGUCUGGGGAGCCCCCACCUGCCUCAAAUUCCUGCCCCGGCUUGCGGAGCCCCGCGGCGGCCACUGCUGCCCUCUGCUGGUGCUGGGGGGCUGAUGCUGGUGGGGGCCCCCGUGCCCUCAGGUCCCAUAUGGCCAAGGCUGGGGUGCCCGGGCGGCCAGUGGUGGGAGCCGUCAGAGAGCGGCCGGAGCAGGACGCCCCGGUGCCGCCCAGUGUGAUGCUGAUCCUUCGGGGGCCACCAGGCCGCCAGUGGGGCGCCUCCCAGAGACCCCGCAGGUCUCCACCGCUGGAGGGUGCUGAGCUGGAGCUGGGCUGA